AUGUCAACAACAAAAUCUCAAGGAGUUGCCAAUCCAAGUACUAACUCAAGUCAAACAGGAAAAACGAAAGAUGAUGUUCCUAGUCUAAAGAACAAAGUGACAGAACUUGAACGUCAAAUAAAUGAUUAUAAAAUAAAAUUAGACGAGUUACGUCGUGCUAAAGCAACAACAGUGGUCAAACUCGAAAAAGAAUAUGUCAAUACAACUGUUCCAGGAUUGAAUCGUCCUGAAAAACUCAAAUCAUGUGAAAAAUGUGAAGAAUUUGAACGAAUGAUUGAAGCAGAAAGAAAAUCCAAUACACAAUUAAACAAAAUGGUUGAACAAAAAGAUAAUAACAAAGAACAACUACAAAAAUUAUCGACAACAAACACGAAUUUAUGUUCAAAAUGUUUAGAUUUAAAACAAUUAUUAGCUAUUGAAAAAGACAAUAACUUUCAAAUAAGUCAACAAUGUCAAAGUCAAAAAAAGGAAAAAGAAGAAGAACGAAAUACUAAAGAGAUAUUUGAACAGAGUUUAGAAAUAAUGCAAUCAGAAAUAAUUCAAUCAAAAAAAUUAUCUGAUACAUUACGUUAUAAAAAUCAAGAAUAUAAAAAUAAAUUUGAAUUGAUGAAAACAGAAUAUGGAGAAAAAAUGGCUGAUUUAUGUCAUAGAGAAGAAGAAGCAAAAAAACAAAUUGAGACAUGGGAACAAAUGUAUCGAGAAUGGAUGGCAACUAUGGAAAGAAGAGUUAAUAAUUUACAAGUUACUGAUGAAGAACUUCAAACAUUGUUACAUAAUCAGGAAGAUAUCAGUCAACAAUAUUCUUCUGCACCUUUUGACAAUCAACGUCGAUAA